AUGCCUGAUUUAAUUCAUAGAGUCGAAUCGGAACUCAAAUCAGUGGUAUCUGACACCGAAAGAGGAGUAAAUACUCAACUUCCCACAGAAUACCCCCAUGUAUAUGAAGAUCCUCACGUGGUGAAUCAACCACACGAUUUUGAAGCUGAAGAACAAGAGUAUAAUCACCAUCAUCCUCACUCGAGCUACUAUGUACCGGCUUACCAUGAAGAAGAAGUUGGUGUUAAAGACUGGUUUCAAAAAGUAUUUGCUCAUCCAUUGACACUUGUUAAAAACUACUUGAUUUCAUUGUUCCCCAUUCUACAAUGGAUCUUGCACUAUAAUGGUAGAUGGCUAUACGGGGACUUGGUUGCUGGUAUCACUGUUGGUAUUGUGUUGGUGCCUCAAUCAAUGUCUUAUGCUCAAUUGGCUGGAUUGGAACCACAAUAUGGUUUAUACUCUUCAUUUGUUGGGGUGUUUAUUUACUCCUUUUUCGCAACUUCAAAAGAUGUUUCUAUUGGUCCUGUUGCCGUUAUGUCUCUACAAGUUUCCAAAGUUAUUGCUCAUGUUCAGGACAAGUAUGGCGACAAGUAUGCUCCUCAUGAGAUUUCUACAUUCUUGGCAUUGAUUUGUGGUGGUAUUGCCACUGGUAUUGGUGUAUUGAGAUUGGGAUUCAUUUUGGAAUUCAUUUCUGUACCGGCAGUCAUGGGAUUCAUGACUGGAUCAGCAUUCAAUAUCAUCACUGGUCAAGUACCUGCAUUGAUGGGUUACAACAAAUUGGUCAAUACUAGAGAUAGCACAUAUUUGGUUGUUGUAAACACAUUGAAACAUUUACCUGAUUCAAAAAUUGAUGCUGCUUUUGGUUUGGUUUGUUUGUUUAUCUUGUAUGUUUGGAAAUUUGGUACUGAUUAUGCUCAAAAAAGAUGGCCCAGAUACAAGAUUUGGUUUUUUUACACUCAACAAUUGAGAAAUGCCGUGGUUAUUGUUGUUUCCACUGCCAUUUCUUGGGGCGUUGUUCACCCACAAAAAGUUGCCUUUGAUGGACCUCUGCUGGAGUACAAGCCACCAUUCAGCACUAUUGGUGAUGUUCCAAGAGGACUUAGACACGUUGGUGUUUUCCACCCUCCUGACGGUAUUAUUGAUGCCAUGGCUUCAGAAAUCCCCGUAUCAACUGUUAUUUUGUUGUUGGAACAUAUUGCUAUCUCGAAAUCAUUUGGUAGAAUCAAUGAUUAUAAAGUUAUCCCAGAUCAAGAGGUGAUUGCCAUUGGUGUCAAUAACUUGAUUGGUACAUUCUUCAGUGCUUACCCUGCUACUGGUUCAUUUUCAAGAUCGGCUUUAAAAGCUAAAUGUGGUGUCAGAACUCCCUUGGCGGGUAUCUUCACCGGUGCUGUUGUCUUGUUGGCAUUGUAUGCAUUGACUUCAGCUUUCUACUAUAUCCCCAAAGCCGUCUUGAGUGCAGUUAUUAUUCAUGCUGUGUCUGAUCUUAUUGCCAAUUACAAGAUUACCGUGUCGUUUUGGAAAAUUAGUCCUAUUGAUUGUGGAAUCUUUUUGAUUGCUGUUAUCUUGACUGUUUUCGUCACCAUUGAAGCUGGUAUCUAUUUCGCCAUUGCGGCAUCGGUUGUCGUAUUGUUGUUUAGAAUUGCUAUUCCAAAUGGAUUGUUUUUGGGUAGAGUUCAGGUUGCUGAACUAGUUAAUCCAAUCAUUGAAGAACAAUAUUUAAACGGCAACGGCGGUGAUGAGGGUGAGGAUGAUGACGAAUCAAACUCAAGCACUAGUGGCUCUUCUGAUGUUGAAAUUCACCAAGUGUUUUCCGGAGGUUCAAACUAUAGAUCAACUGAUGAUAAAAUCAAGGACAAACCUGAAAUCGUCGAGCAGCAGCGUAGAACCACCACUAGAGAAUUGGCACAACAAAACCCAAGAAUCAAGUUUCAUACCCGGUGGGUGCCAUUGAAUCAUAAAAACAUAAAUAGUGAUAUCCCAGUGACACCUCCACCGCCAGGUGUCAUUGUUUUCAAACCAGUUGAAUCAUUUGCUUACCCCAAUGCAUCACGUCAAAUUGACCGAGUUUCUGAUGAAGCCAAACGACUCACAAGAAGAGCCAAACCAUAUAGUUAUACCGAUACCGGAUCAAGACCAUGGAAUGACCCUGGUCCAUUAAAGUGGAACUUGCCCUUUUUGAGGAAAUACAAUAAGCAAGAGAAGAUUGAAGAAGAUACGCGUCCAAUCUUGCGUAUAAUCCAUUUCGAUUUCUCAACCGUGGCUCAAAUUGACAUGACUUCAGUACAGGCUCUAGUUGAUUUGAGGAAAGCCAUGAAUGCAUAUGCUGAUCGUGAAGUUGAAUUCCAUUUCUCAGGUAUUUUGAGUCCGUGGAUUAGAAGAGCAUUGUUGAAUGCUGGGUUCGGUACUUAUGAGGAUGGAUUGACGUCAGCUAACAAUUACGUCAAUAUUGCUACGGGUUAUACUGAUAUGGAAAGUGGUAUUGAUGAGCAGUAUGUUGCUGCUGUCGGUACCAAUACGCCGUUUUUCCAUUUGGAUAUUCCAAAUUAUGAGUAA